UAGACUGCGAGGGGUUCCUGCAAUUUCUGUGGUGACGAACAUUCUGAGAGACUCAACUGUUGCUGCUGCAGGAAAGAUCAUUUCUGGCUAGAAUUUUACAAUGGGUAACAGUACAUCUUCAGAAAGAAAUGUAAUUCCUCUCAAAGACAAUACAACAGCAACAACAUUAUUCAAACAGGAGCCAGAAUGUUGUUCAAAGCAGGUGACAUACAGAAUUCCAGCUCUCAUCUAUAUCAGUAAAGAUCAAACCUACCUUGCCUUCACUGAAAAGCGGAAAACUGAAAAAGACACAGAUGCAGAAGUGCUUGUGAUGAGAAGAGGAUCGUGGAAAGAUGGCAAGAAUGAAGUUGAGUGGGUCAGUGGAUAUCAGGUGCUCAGCGCUUGUCUACCAAACCACCGCAGCAUGAAUCCAUGUCCGGUCUAUGAGAGAGAUUCCGAGACCCUCUUUCUGUUUUUCAUUUGUGUUCCCAAUGGAGUCUCAGAAAAUGACCAAAUAAAAGAAAAAAAGAACAGGGCUCGGCUUUGUUACGUAACCAGUAAGGACACUGGCAAAACAUGGAGUUGUAUUACUGACUUGAAAGAUGUGAUCAGUGAAAAGGAGAAAAACUGGGCCACCUUUGCUGUUGGACCAGGACAUGGUGUUCAAAUGAAGAAUGGAAGACUGAUUAUCCCAGCAUACACAUAUUAUUUUAAAUCCAAAUGUAAUACGCCCACAUCACAUGCAUUUGCAUUCUACAGUGAUGAUAAAGGAAACACUUGGCAUGUAGGAGAACAUAUGGAUGGUGAGUCUAAUGAGUGUCAGAUGGCUGAGAUCAUAGACGACGAAGGUAACAGUACACUGUACUCCAAUUCUCGAGGUACAUCUGGCUAUAGAGUCGAGGCUCUAAGCAAGAAUGGUGGAGAAGAUUUUGACAAACCUUCAUCUGCUCAAGAGCUGAUAGAGACUGGUGAACGUGGCUGCCAAGGAAGUGUGCUGAAUAUUUGCCCUGAUCAGAGUACAUGGCUGAUCUAUUCUCACCCAUCUGAUAAAAAGAAGAGAAAGGAUCUUGGAAUCUAUAUAAAUAAAUUACAGAAGGAUCACAUGCAAUGGAAAACCAUACAAUGCAUCAGUGAUGGUCCAAGUGGAUACUCAGAUCUGGCAGAGUGUAAAGAUAGAAAGUACAUUGCCUGUCUCUUUGAAUGUGGACAGAAAAGAGAAAUUGAAAAAAUAGCCUUCAAGCUUUUCAAUAUCAGCAAUGCUUUGGAUAAUCAAUAGGUGGAUUCUCCACAGCAACGUUGAGCUCUAGAGCUCACAGCAAUGUUAACGUUGUUUCACGUUGCAAAAAUUGGUGUCUUUUGAUGUAAUUUUUGUUUGUUUGUUAUAGUUAAUUUGCUUAAUUAAAAUGUUAAAAAUCAAGUUGGAAAUACAUCAAUAUAAUAAUUCAAAUAACCAACCAAACUAUAUGCUUUCAUUAUUAUAACUGUAUUAUAACCUUUUAAAAUCCUAUAUUUCAUUCACCUGAAUUAUUCAAUAAGUAGGAAACAGGAAACAUAUUUUCAUUAGUUUAGCUAUAUUUUAUUUG